AUGGCUGGCGGCGCGCCUCGUGAUCCGGGACAAGGUGUCGGCAACGGCUUCUUCGCGCAGGACGGGAGACUUUUUCUGAAAUCGAUGAACCGUCUCCAAGAGUCUGGGAAUACGGUGCAAAGCCAUGCCGUUUCUUUCACCAAUAGGUUUUCCGAGGCUAUUUCGAUGGGCGUUUCCACCUUCAACUCGUCACAAGGGGCGGUCAAGGAAGUGUGCGAGUACGUGAACCGUAUGAAGGGAAUGGCCACCAACAUCCAGCGCACCUAUGGAAUCAUUGGCCCGGACCUGAGGAACCUGCCGCCGAUCCCGGAAAUGGCGCCCGAGUACGUGCCGCCUGUGCGCAUCUUCAACAACAGUUUUCUGAAGACGAUGGUGCUGGCCCGUAUCAUUAAGCGGGCUCAGUACAGGCCGAUCUGCCCGUGCGCGACCCAGUUGCAGCAGUCCAUGGCUGCCUUCAACACCUACCUGCGCGCCAUUGGUCGCUCGCAGCGUGCUCUGACCGAGGCGAUCAGGGAAAGCCAGGAGUUAACCACCGCGCUGCAGCAUCAUCAGACGCAGUUGACCACGGUGGUCUCCGAGAUGGGUGACGUCCUGAACCUGUAUACCAAGUACGCUACCUGGUAUGAUGCCGCCCUGGCUACCCAUCUGCACAUCCGCUCCGAGAGUGCCGACCGAAUUUGCCGCUGUGAUCUGGCGGAUGAGGAGAUUAGCGAGGAAGAGAUGUCGGAUGACAAAGAGCGCCCCGGAGACGAUACCACGGAUGAGGGCAGCGACGAGGGGGUGAAGGGCGAGGGCGCAAAGCCCAACCGUGUUCCGCAGAAGCCCGGUAUUUGUAUUUGGUGUGAGAAGUACUCCAAGGACCUUUCGUUCCACUACGGCGGCGGCUUGUGCCAGACCUGCAAAGGACGUUACCGCAAGGCUAUCAUCAAGUAUCUUGCCCACCCGGAUGCGCUCUGCAGCUGCUUGGGCAAAAAAAAAUGCCCGGGCUGUCAUAUCCGGAAGGGCCAGGCCCUGGGACUCGACUAUAGCAAAUACACCCCAAGG